CAGAUACACAGCGCCACACCCUUUGCUUAUAAAUCAUUACGAUUCUGGUACUCAGGCUCUAACAGUCUGCACUGCGCCACAACCAUCCUCCAAGGACGAUGCACCUUCAAAAUUGAACAUUACUACGCCCACCAUGUGGGCAAGGUCUUUCUUUCGCGCGGCCAUGUUCCUGCUUGUCCAGCUGGCUGGCAUCUACCUGGCGCAUGCGUCGAAGGGUUGCUCUAACAGUCUGCACCGCGCCACAACCGUCCUCCAACUCCAAGGAUGCACCGCGCCACAACCGUCCACACACUGCUCUGCCCACCAUGUCGGCAAGGUCCUUCUUUCGCGCGGCCAUGUUCCUGCUGGUCCAGCUAGCUGGCAUCUACUUGGAACACGCAGCAGGGUUUCCGUCGGGUUGCUCUAACAGUCUGCACUGCGCCACAACCAUCCUCCAAGGACGAUGCACCUUCAAAAUUGAUAACAUUACUACGCCCACCAUGCCGGCAAGGUAUUUCUUUCGCGCGGCCAUGUUCCUGCUGGUCCAGCUGGCUGGCAUCUACCUGGCGCAGGCAAUAAUACGAGCUGAGACGGACGGUUGUACCAACGACCCCAGUGUAUACUGCCCUCCGGAUCCUGGACAUAAGCCGUGUCCUCGGCCACCAUGUCCGAAUUCUUAGUUGUCCGGACUCAGGAUCUGAGCAGUGUUACAAUAAUGCACGUUUUCAAACCGGUGAGAAAGGCUGACUUCAGUGGGAAUGAAUUCACAGGUUCUCUUGUCUCUCUGCGCAUGCACGCAUGAUUGUGAGAUAAAAAAAAUAUAUCUUUUCUAGUCCACCUUCCAUGGGUGCAGAAGGCUUGUGUCAUGUAGUGGGUACAGUUUCGUGAAAAUUUGUGAAUGGUUAAAUCUUCUAUGUACGUACUGUGAAUAAAAUAUAUUAUUUUGAUACUUCAUGUG